AUGGCGUCGGCGAUGGUUUGGAUGCCGAUACUGGAGGACGGGGUGUUCCGGUUCGACGCCUCAGAGGCGGCGCGCGCGGCGGCCGGGCCCAGCCUGUCGUUCGCCGAGCCGUGGCGGCGGGAGGUGGUGCUGCUGCGUGAGGGAGUGGACGGCGACGGCCCCGCGGUCGUGCCGGAGUGCGAGGUGGUGGGCGACCGCGGCGUACAGAAGGUUCUCAUCAAGCUUCCUUUUGGGACGUCUUUUUAUGGAACAGGAGAAGCAAGUGGCCCGCUUGAACGAACAGGAAAACGAGUUUUCACUUGGAAUACAGAUGCAUGGGGAUAUGGGCCAGGAACUACUUCACUAUAUCAGUCACACCCUUGGGUGUUGUCAGUCCUCCCUGAUGGAAAGGCUCUCGGUGUCUUAGCUGAUACCACACAACGUUGCGAGAUUGACCUGAGACAAGAAUCCACUAUAAAGUAUUCUGCCUCAUCCGCUACACCAGUUAUUACUUUUGGACCGUUUGAUACGCCGACUCAAGUGAUGACAACCUUGUCCUAUGCAAUUGGAACUGUUCCCAUGCCUUCGAAAUGGUCUCUUGGCUACCAUCAAUGUCGUUUUAGUUACAUGUCUUCUGAGAGAGUCCUCGAGGUUAUUAGAACAUUUCGAGAGAAAGGCAUUCCUUGCGAUGUGGUUUGGAUGGAUAUUGACUAUAUGGAUGGUUUCAGAUGCUUCACAUUUGACAGUAACCGUUUUCCCGAUCCAAAAUCUAUGGUUGAUGAUCUACGUUCCAUUGGUUGUAAAUCAAUAUGGAUGCUUGAUCCAGGAAUCAAGAAAGAGAAGGGUUACUUUGCGUAUGAAAGUGGUUCAGAAAAUGAUGUGUGGAUUAAAAAGGCAGAUGGUAGCCCAUUCAUUGGUGAGGUGUGGCCUGGUAACUGUGUUUUCCCUGAUUUUACCUCUGAAAGAAUCCGCACAUGGUGGGCUAGAUUAGUAAGGGAUUUCAUCUGCAACGGUGUUGAUGGAAUAUGGAAUGAUAUGAACGAGCCUGCUAUGACAACUACUACCAAAACAAUGCCUGAAAGCAAUAUACAUAAAGGAGAUGUUGAUAUUGGCGGUGUCCAGAAUCAUUCUUACUAUCAUAAUGUUUAUGGAAUGCUCAUGGCAAGAUCUACUUAUGAAGGAAUGGUGAUGUCUAGUACAGCAAAACGACCAUUUGUUCUUACACGAGCUGGUUUUAUUGGAAGCCAGCGAUAUGCUGCAACAUGGACUGGCGAUAACCUAUCGAAUUGGGAGCAUUUACACAUGAGUAUAUCAAUGGUCCUUCAGUUGGGUCUCAGUGGCCAGCCACUGUCGGGUCCUGAUAUUGGUGGGUUUGCUGGAAAUGCUACACCAAAACUUUUUGCAAGAUGGAUGGGUUUCGGUGCAUUGUUUCCAUUCUCCCGUGGUCAUUCUGAAGCUGGAACUAUUGAUCAUGAGCCAUGGUCCUUUGGUGAAGAGUGCGAAGAAGUUUGUCGUCUUGCACUACUAAGACGGUAUCGGCUACUGCCACACAUCUACACGCUAUUUUAUGUUUCACAUAAGAAGGGUACUCCAGUUGCUACUCCACUUUUCUUUGCUGAUCCGCAAGACUUGGAAUUGAGAAAAUUUGAGACUUCCUUUCUCCUGGGGCCACUUUUAGUAUGUGCAAGCACUUUACCUGAUAAAGGAGCUCAUGAAUGUGCACAUAAAUUCCCAAAGGGCAUUUGGUUACCUUUUGAUUUUGAAGAUUCACACCAUGAUCUGCCGGUGCUAUAUCUAAGAGGAGGAUCAAUACUUCCUGUAGGUCUUCCAAUUAAGCAUGUUGGUGAAGCAAGUUUAGAGGACAAUUUGUCGCUACUUGUUGCACUGGAUGAAAAUGGUAAAGCUGAAGGUGUCUUGUUUGAAGAUGCCGGGGAUGGAUACGGAUUCACACAGGGGGACUAUCUACUGACAUAUUAUGUCGCUGAAGUCCACUCAUCAGUGGUUUCUGUGAAAAUUUUGAAAACUGAAGGAUCCUGGAAUAGACCAAAACGUAACUUAAACAUAAGUAUUCUGCUUGGUGGAGCUGCUAUGAUAAGUUAUCAUGGUGUCGAUGGCGAAGAGGUACAUUUUGUGAUGCCUUCUGAGCUUGAACUUUCCACCUUGGUUGCAACAAGUGAAAUUGAUCUCAAGAAACGUUUAGAGAUGAUUCGUCCUAUACCUGAUAUAGAUGAGCCAUCAAGACUGGAAGGUGCUGAGGUCUCUAGAAAACUUGUUGAGUUGAAGAGUGGGGACUGGUUUCUUAAGGUUGUACCAUGGAUUGGCGGUCGUAUUAUUUCAAUGACACAUCUUCCAUCUGAUUCCCAAUGGCUGCACAGCAGAAUUGAAAUCCAUGGUUAUGAAGAGUACAGUGGCACUGAAUAUAGGUCUGCUGGCUGCACAGAAGAAUACAAGAUCGUAAGGCCUCUGGAGCAAUUAGGCGAGGAGGAAUCUGCUUUUCUGGAAGGAGACAUUGGGGGUGGACUGGUUAUUCAGCGUCAGAUAUCAAUUCUGAAAGGCAAUCCCAAAAUUUUGCAGAUUGACUCUAGCAUCCAAGCAAGAAGUGUUGGGCCUGGCUCUGGUGGAUUCUCAAGGUUGGUCUGUUUGCGAGUUCAUCCUACUUUUACGCUUCUACACCCAACUGAGGUGGUUGUUGCUUUCACGGCCAUCAAUGGUUCAGAGCAAGAGAUCUCUUUGGAGUUCGAAGAAGUGACAUUAGAGGGAGACCUGCGACCUAACGGGGAGUGGAAGCUGGUAGACAAGUGUUCAGGGCUGAGCAUGAUAAACCGCUUCGAUCAAAGUCAGGUUAACAAAUGUUUGCUGCAUUGGGGAACCGGGGAUCUGAAGAUGGAACUAUGGUCCGAGGAGAGGCCUGUUUCGAAAGACACGCCCUUGCGGAUCUGCCACCAGUAUGAGGUGACCGAAACAUGCCAAAUCAAAACUCAUUCCUAG